AUGACUCUCAUGGCAGCUCUCCGCUGCCUCACUUCUGAUCAGAAUGUGCUAGAUGUGGCCUGGGGACGUGUGGAAGAGAAACGAUCCCAUGUUUAUGUGGUUGCGAAUUGGAAAACCAAAGAGAGCGCGGAGAUGUUCCUGACAUCCGAGCGCAAAAGAGAUUAUCACGCAAUGCUCUCAUCUGCUAGCGAUAAUGCCCAAAAUCCGAUAACUUACAUUGUCAACUUCAAACCUGGUUUUUGGAUCCCCAACCUCCUCAACCGCCGUACCGAAGUCGCAAAAGUUUUUUUCCAAGCCCCCAUGAGUGUGGAGCUACAGCGUGAAAUCUCCGCCUUUCUUGGCAAGGCUGGCGAGCAUAGCAGCGGCAGCUCGAAGACCAUCAAGGCCCCGGUGGAUUGUCUCGUCUCGCAAGGCUGGGUGGAUGGGCUUACUGAGCAGAAUGGGAAGACAUUGAAGGGUUCUCUAUGGCUGCAUGGCUGGCGGAAUUCAGAACGAGAGAGGGUCUGGAAGACAGAAUAUCGACCUGGUGUUGACCCGGCGGACCAAAGCAAGUUCCUGAAGGUUGACGAGUACUGGAAGGUGAUGCUCGAGCAUUUUGGAGCUGUGAGAUGGGAGGAAGGACACUGCAAUUUCAUAAGGAUUCCGGAUGCUGCAUUUCAGCAACCUGAGAACUAA